ACAGCACAACCUAAACCUCUACAGGACAGAUAAACCCGGACUGCGAUCAGGCACACAUCUGAAACGCGAUCUCAAAACAGCGAUCCGCCUGUCUGUUUGGAUGAAUCGCAGUGUUGUUUUAUAAUCUCCAGUCCAGCGGAAUGUCCCGGAGGAAACAGAGCAACCCAAAGCAGUUCAAACGAGUGUUUGAAAAUGGGCUUGAGGCAGACUCUGAGGAGAAGAGAGAUAUACUGACAGAAGAUGACAGGUCUGUUGAGGUGGAUCCGCUGUUCCUCACUGACCCAGACAGCAUCAUUUCUAAAGAUGAAGAUCACUUGAGGAAUGGUGAAAUGAUUGGAAAUGUAAAGGUGGAACAACAAGACAAUGACAGACAGGAAGAAAAAGCCCCGCCCAGCCCAGCAGAGGAAUGGGACAGCCCAAGGGAGCUGAAAAUAGUACAUGAAGAAGGAGAGAAAAGGAUUCGUUCCUGUCAGGCACUUUCUCUGGGCACCACAUGGGGUCCUUUCCCUGGGAAAAUUGAGAUGGCCACAGGAGACAGUGACAAGGUUUCUCUGCUGCUCAGCGGAGGUCCACGCUGGCUGAAGGAUGUGAUGUGGGUCAGUUCAGAAGAUGGCAGAUGCAACUGUGCUGUGUACAGCAAAGGAGGACAUGUGUGGUGCUCCACAACAAAAAAUCUUAUUGAGGGAGAUGAACUUUCUGCCUGUGUUGUGGAUUUGCAGCCUCAUCUUCAAACACCAGCCCAAUCUCCCUACGGUCAAGGGAUGUACCCAGCCCGACAGCUGGACGGCAUCCAACUCCUUCCUCAGCAAGCAGCCAUGGCGUCCAUACUGCCCGGCUCUAUCAUCAACAAAGACAUCUUCCCCUGCAAGGCGUGUGGCAUCUGGUUCCGGAGUGAAAGAAACCUCCAAGCCCACCUUAUGUAUUACUGCAGUGGGCGGCUAAGGGAACCUGAGAUUGUGGCAGAGAAAAACGCCAAUAUCAGCCAUCAAAUGCUCCGCAGUUGCACAUACCCACAAUGCAAUAUGAGCUUUGCAGGCUCAAAUGCCCUUGAAAUGCACUUAUCUACACAUCAUAGUCUCAAGUCAGAUGAGAUAUCCACUGGAAGCAACUUGAAAUGCACAAUUUGUGACUACACUGCUGAAACACUUAUGAUACUCCAGCACCACAUCCUUUCCCACCUGUCCCAGACCGGCCUGAGAUGUGAUCACUGCCACUUUACGUUCCAAACCCCCAGAGAACUGGCCAAACACCAGGAAUUACAUGGACAUGGCAGUACGGGCAACAAACUCAUCAAAGAAGACAAAGCGGAUAACUCUCGUAGUAUUCUUGCAGGUAGCCCUCAACAAGGUAAAUCUAAUGCAAACAUAAAAGACCUUCAGGAAAGUGCAAUACAACGUUAUCUUGGUGAAGUCGCUGAACCAGAAACCACAGAAAGCGGUCAGUCAUCCAUUAAGAGCGAGGGCAAGUCGGGAAACAAGGCUGGUGUUUCUUUUUCCAGAGUAAAGUCAGAACCCUCCAGUCCCCGUUUGGCCUCCUCUCCCAUUCAACACCACCUGCCUCCUGCCUUCCCCGUACCCCCUUUCAUGCCACAUGUCCCAUUCUCACAGGAUAUUACCGUGGCCCCACAAGCAUCUGAGAUUUUGGCCAAAAUGUCAGAGUUGGUGCAUCGCAGGUUACGCCAUGGCGGAAACUCUUAUCCUCCAGUGAUGUACAGCACACUUGUGCCAAAAGGAGCGACAUGCUUUGAAUGCAAUAUCACCUUCAAUAACCUUGAUAAUUAUUUGGUGCACAAGAAACAUUACUGCAACAGUCGCUGGGAACACACACCCAAGCUGAAUGAUUUUGCCGGACUUUUGGAUAAACCAGCAGGCACUGCGAGUCCUAAAAUUGGAGCCAAUUUGCCUGUUGUGAUAAACUCUGCGCAUCCUACUAAGGUUAAAGGUCAUGAGUCAACCCCUGAAGGCGGAAAAGUCUCUGAUGAACUUUCAGUACAGGUUAAAAAAGCAUCAAGUCCGUCCGGUUUACAGGAGAGGCCAAACGGUACCCAGUUGGAUUUGCAAAGCCCAAAAAUGCCACCCACCGAAAAUGACAUUGACCCUAACCAGACAACAUGUGAGGCAUGCAAGAUCACCUUUAGUCGACAUGAGAACUACAUGGUGCAUAAACAGUAUUACUGUGCCACUCGCCAUGAUCCUCAGGUGAAACGUGCAAACAAUAAAGGACCAGCCAAUCAGAAGACGGUUCGUGCUCGUAAAAGAAAAAAGGCGUAUGAGCUGGCCACUCCAGAACAAGAACAAAUGCAGUAUAUGGGUGUGCCAUCGUUCCUUUGUAUGCCCACCCUAGGAGCUCCAUACAUGCCAAAAGACACAAUGGAGAGUUUUAGGGACCAUCAGAGAUACAACAUGAUCCAAGGCCUAGUACCCAAAUAUCCGGAGGCUUCAUUGACGGUAACAAAAUCAGCUCUUGUCUCAAAAUCGAUUACAUUAUCUAAGGAGGAGAGCGACGCGCCGAUAGAUCUAAGUAAAAAAUGCACACCACAGUUUGGUAACACCCCACUGUCACCCAAAGGGCUUUUGGAUUAUCAUGAGUGUGCUGUGUGCAAUAUAAGUUUUAACAAAGUUGAGGACUAUCUGAAGCACAAACAAAACUUCUGCCCAGGCAACGUUCUGCAAAAUUCUUCCUCCGAAAACAAAAUACCUACAAGCAUCAAAAAGGAAGGCCAUAGAAAGACUAGCAACCUCUUUGAGAUCCCAGCUUCGCAUGCAAAGAAUGAGCAUCCAAAUGCAGCAACAUCCUUUGUCAGUGACGACCAUCAGAUCCCUAUAAAAGAUGACCCCAGGAGUGUGUUUCAACCCCCCGGGGGUCACCCAAGUGCUAAGAAAAUGAAACCCGGUGAACAAAUCUGGCCUUACUAUGAAAUCAAACCCACCGACUACGCGACAGGGAUGCUUGUCACGCAGAGCGAACGAAGACAGAGUCCCAAUGAGGGCUGUGAGGGGGAGAAAGACCAGCCGAUGCCUGAUGGGAGCCAUCUUAGCACAGAUGACCCUGAAAGCCAGGGCAAGACAUCAUUCUUAAACAACAGCCUCGAACUAGACGACAAAGCAGGGGACACACGUUCCAGUACACCAGAUAUCCACACAGACAGACCCAUCAACCUUAAGGAAAGCACAACUUUGAUGCCAUCUCCAAAGACCGAGGAGGUCUCGACAAGCAUCAAGAGAGUAUUGACUGGGUCCAUUGCCGCCACUGGUAAUGUUAAGUACUGCCGUCCUUGUGACAUCCAAUUCAACAAUCUGUCAAACUUUAUAACACACAAGAAGUUUUAUUGUUCAUCACACACGGCAGAGCAUGUGAAAUAGCGCUCUUGUUCUUUGUUUAAAUGCCGUUUCACACUAAUAAAAGAAAGUCAACCAGGGCCAAACGUUUUAAAGGUGGUCCCCAGCCUCUAAAGCUGUCAAAUGCCAAGUGAGAAUAAUUGUACUGUGAGAGCACAUUCAUGUAACGCAAACACGCAAAGCAGCUUUCCUUCGCUCUCACACAAAAUUGGACGUACGCUCUGAAAUGGUAGGUUUUCACUUAAGAAAUCUCUCUCCUCUUGCGAAGAGUGCACUUGUGAAUAUCUCUUUCCUAGAAUCUGCUCUAACAAGUGUGUAAAAUAAACUGUUGACAAAAUUCUUCAACCAUGCACAUUUGACUUUUCACAAGCUGCAGUUUUUUCUUAGUAGUCAAUAACAUUUGUAUAAUUCUGUGCUGGUUUACACAGCAGCAGGCGGACAAUCAAUUCAGGAGGUUUAUUCUACAGUCAUUGAAUAGAAAAUGGUUUCAAUAUUUGUUGGGUAUUGUGUGUUAGUACUUUUUUGUGUUUACGUAUUUAUUUAUUUAUUUAAUAAUAGUUCCAGCUCUAAGUAAUGCAGAUUUGAAAUGAAAGUUUACAGAUUCUCUUUAAUGUCUUAUUUAGAAGUACAGAGAGAAGCCACAUAAAUAGUAAUACAACUAUGAAAAAAUAAAGGUCUGCGACGGACAUACUGUUGAUAUUGGAGUAACUUCUGCCUUGACCACUGUGUCAAAACAAAUAGUGGCAAUCAAGUUUUCCUGAAUAAUUAUCAAUACAUUUUGGGGCGGUUUCCCGGACAGGGCUUAGCCUAAACCAGGACUAGGCCUUAGUUAAAUUAGGAUAUUUAAGGUGUUUUUAAAAACAUGCUUUACAAACAAACAUUACAGUGUGCAUCUUGAGACAAAACAAUCGCACUGAUAUAUUUUAAGAUAUGCAAGUGCAAGUUGUUUUCGAUCAAGAUGCCACUCAUUUUUAAAGUAGUCUGGGAUUAGGCUAAAACCCCGUCCGGGAAACCAGCCCGUAGAGUCUAGUUUGUCCUUGAUGUUUCUUUAUGCUUAAAUAUGAUUUUUCUUGUUAAUGCAGAAUUCUUCUUACAAAGGUGACCGUAUGUGUGUUUGUUGAUUCAUGGUAUCUUUUUUAAAUAUUUGGCUUCUAAUGCAAUACUUUUUAAAAGAUUAAACAUUAUUUAAAAGCAGCAUUACAUUUAUACUUGGACCCCAUAAAUUGUAUUAAGUUUUUAUGGAAGUCUUGCCGAAGGAUGAAGUUUACCCCCGGAUGACCACUUGUAACCUUUGCUUAAAAAAUGUGAAAAAAUGUCAAAAAUGUUUUGCUAUGCAUGUACCUGUAUGGAAUGAAAUUCCAGAAAUGUUGGAAUGUUAUUUUAUUUUAUGUUGCAUAAAAAUUAAAAUUAAUCUCAGGACAGGGGUGUGUUAAUUGCAAUAUAUAAUAAUUGUAUAUAUUUAAUGUACUUUAUGUACUUUUUGCCUAUAGAUUACUAAAACCAACACAAACGUUUGUGUACUGUGCAGCACACUACACAAAACACUAGCACCACCUAGUGUUAGUCACAAUUCAAGACCUAUU